CGGCUGCUUUUGCUUGUGGGUGUGAGUCUCGGUUUUUCCUGGUAAAAAAUCAACCAUGAAUCUCCCUUUUCCAGCUUUAAUUGGCUUGGGUUACUCUAAUUUUGUUAUUGGUUCUUGAAUUUCUGGAGUUUGCCAUGAGUUUCCCCCCAUGGAUCCCGUCGGCUUCCUCACCAGCCAAGCUCGGGUUCUGCUGGCUGGAAUUCUGGAAGCGAAACCGAGGACGGGAAAACGAGGGGAGUGACGAGUUAGAAGGCAGCUUUCCCGCAGAUUCAUUGAGUCUUGGCGGUGAGAAGGGAAACAUACACAGAGGGAUGAUGAUGGCGGUGACCGGGUUUCUGGCCAUGGAAGAUUUCGAUCUGAUGGUGGAAGCGGUGGGGAUCGAGGAAAAAGAGUGGUGUAUCUUAGCUUACCAAUCAGUUUUGCUUUGGAUGGUGAGGCGGCAUGGCUAUCUUGCCCUGUCAACGAUGGGUGAAGAGGAAGGGGUUUGGUUGACUUCGGGAGGAAUUGGGAAUUGUUUUGUCAAUGGUGGCUAAGGGGUGGCCGACGAUGGCGACAACUCUUUUCCGGCAGGGGCUUGCGUUUAUCAAUGGGAUUGCUUGAAUUGGAUUUUUCGGUGAUUGGAUGGAAUUGAGAUUCUAAGGGGAUUAUACUUUCCAGAAAAAUCAGGAUUUGCUCCAUUUGAAUUUAAAUUGAAUUUAUGUUACUUCUCAUGCCAGAUGGCAUCAAUAACUGGAUAGGAAAUUU